CCAGUGCAUUUAAGCCCACAGGGCAGGGGAAUGAAGGUAUAAAGGUCAGUGGUGCAAGAGCCGUGGCGAGCUGCCUGGACUUCAGCCUUCCCUGCCAGACAACGGAGAGAGAAGCUGAAGGGAAGUUUGGCCGAGGGCUGAGCAGCAAAGGCACAGCGCUGUCCUGCAAGGCCAGCAUGGUCCGGCGUGUGGCCGUGAUCGGGGCCGGGGCUGGGGGCUUGGCCUCUGUCAAGUGGUGCCUGGAGGAGGGGCUGGAGCCCACCUGCUUUGAGAGCAGCGAGGACAUCGGCGGCGUCUGGCGCUACACGGACUCCACAGACAACAGGAGAAUCAGUGUGUACCACUCAGUCAUCACCAACACCUCCAAGGAGAUGUCCUGCUUCAGCGACUUCCCCUUCCCUGAGGAUUUUCCCAAUUACCUGCCCCACAGCCUCAUCCUGGAAUACUUGAGGAUGUACGCCCAGCACUUCGACCUCCUGCGGCACGUACGCUUCCAGACAACAGUCCUCAGCGUGAGAAAGCGCCCAGAUUUCACUGCCUCAGGCCAGUGGGAGGUGGUCACCGAGGCUGACGGUGUCCGUGAGUCCCACACCUUCGAUGCUGUCAUGGUUUGCAUUGGCCACUACCAGGAGCCCCACUUGCCAUUGGCUUCUUUCCCAGGCAUUGAAAGCCGCUUCAAAGGCCAGCGAAUGCACAGCUGGGAAUACAGAGAUGUGCAGGAUUUCCGAGGAAAGCGGGUCCUGGUGGUCGGCAUCGGCAACACCGGCGGUGACCUCGCGGUGGAGCUGAGCCAUGUGGCUGCCAAGGUGUUCCUCAGCACCAGGAGCAACACGUGGGUCGUCAGCCGGGUCUCAGAGAACGGCUUCCCCUUAGACAUGAUCAGCACCACCCACUUCAACCACCUCCUGGACUGGCUUCUGCCAUCAGCCCUCAUGAGGAGGAUCAAGUUUCGGAAGUUCAAUUCAUGGUUCAACCACACAAACUAUGGCUUGGCUUCUAGCAAAAGCUCCAAAUUUAAGAUGAUUAUCAAUGAAGAGCUGCCAUUCUGCCUCCUCUCUGGGACUGUGGUGCUGAAGCCAAACGUGAAGGAGUUCACUGAAAGCUCUGCUGUUUUCGAAGACGGGACAACCGAAGAAAACAUCGACGUGGUGCUCUUUGCCACGGGCUACAACUUUACAUUCCCCUUCCUGGAGGAGUCUGUUCGCAGCACCAUCGAUGACAACCGUUCCCUCUACAAACGUGUCUUCCCUCCCCAGCUGGAAAAGCCCACGCUGGCCAUCAUUGGCUUGAUCCAGCUGACAGGCUCCAUUAUGGUGGGGUCAGAAAUGCAGGCUCGCUGGGUGACAGGGGUCUUUGCAGGCUGGAACAAGCUGCCUUCCCCCAGCAGGAUGACAGCUGAGGUUGUGAAGAGGAGGCCACCAGUCAAGAGGAAUCCAUCCGAGAGGGAGAACCUGAAGAUGAGUUUUAUCAGCUACAUGGAUGAAAUCGCUGCGUGUGCUGGGGUAAAGCCCAGCGUGUUGAGGCUGCUCCUGACAGACCCCCAGCUGGCCCUGGCCAUCUUUUUUGGGCCCUGCUCACCCUACCAGUACCGGCUGGUGGGACGGGGCAGGUGGAGCGGGGCCAGAGCUGCCAUCCUGACCCAGUGGCAGCGCGCGCUGAAGCCCUUGAGAACGCGGGUGGUGGAUGACAGCUCCAACAGCUCCUCCAGCUGGUGCUGGAUGUGCCUCCUGGCCCUGCCAGCAGCUCUCACCGCAGGUUUUCUCCUCUCUAAAUACCCCCAGCCAAGCUGGAGCCCCUGGGCAGGUCCCCAGGUGUAGGAGGAACCCGGAGAGCCGCAAUGCCAGGUGGUGUGGGGAUGGUGCAAAGCUGUGCCAGGCGCUGCCAGAGGGCUGGAGGUGACACCAGCAGGAGAGCCUGGGGCUGGCUGGGGUCCAUCCUCCUCCUGCUGCUCUUCCACCAAAGGUCACCCUGAACCACUCCAGGAUGAGCUGCUGAGCAUGAGGCCAGCCUUCCUCCCCCCACUCUCCCUAAAAUUUUGGCAAGACCCACACCACCUUGGGAUUUUGUGAAGCGUGAAUUGUCGAGCUACUUCUGUGUCUGGUAACUUCUGGGAUGUGAAAGAGGGAGCCACAAAUAAACCUCGCAGAUUUGUGAUG